AUUUCUUGUAAUCGGCCAUCUUUCCCGCUGAACAUGAAGAAGCUUAAAACUAUCGUUACGUUGCGUUUCGCUCUUUAUGGCUGCAAGAACAGACCUUUCUUUCAUAUUGUGGCAACGAACAGGAAACGACCCCGAAACUAUGGAGCUCUUGAGCAGGUAUAUAUCGUACUUUAGUUAAAAGGAAAAAAGUUCCUUGAAGACGGGGAAAAUUAGAUGGUUGUGUGUCGAUGUACAUGCCUGGAUUGGAACUGUUGUCGGUGCAAUUUUGUAUUUGUGCUUUCAUUGAAAUGUGGAAAUCAUAUUCCUAGGUGGGAACUUAUGAUCCUUUGCCAAACACUCGAAAUGAAAAGCUAGUGAGCCUAAAUAUGGACAGAAUAAGGUAAGGUCUAUAAAAAUGCGCUGAAUUUUUAUUUAAUAUUAUUGAUCCAUAUCAGUAGCUUAUAAGCUUUUGUCUAUACCCUCUCCAUACCUUUCAAGUAGUGAGUACACCUGAAAUUUCAAUGUGAUCGUGAUAUCCUCUUUAAUGCAUUUUUUUCAGAUACUGGUUAUCAGUUGGAGCCAGACCUUCCCGACCAGUAGCCAUUUUAUUAGGCCUGGUAAGUUGAUGACAAAUUUUGGCUUGAAAUAAGUUCUUCUCCCUUGAGCCAGGUUUUUCCUGGGUACAUAAUUCUUGGCCACAGCACUCCUGUAUUUAGCCCAAAUGGGCAUGUGACCAAAUUGGGGUAUAUUAUUCUGGGGCUUGAGUCUUGGGUAAGGAUAUUGCAUGACAGUGGUUGCAUACUUAUUUCUUUUCUGUAAGAGAUAUUUUUUUUUAUCACUAGAAGAUAAAUUCGUAUCCACAGGCAGACAUGUAAUGUUCUGUGUAUUGUUAUACUGAUACUGAUAUAUCAAUCUAAAACAAUUUUAAACACUUUUUAAGAGGACUGAAUACAUACUAGAUCACCUGCAUGUAAACUCAGCUCACACAACUUCAACUUUCACAUGAGAAUAAAACAAGCACUCUUUGAAAAAUAUUUACCCUUCUUUGUGCAAAAAGUUGAAUUCAUCAUGGAAAUAUUGAUAAAUGAAAAAAAUUCUCAGUGAAAAGUAAAAUCACCAUGAUACAGUAAAUGGUUUAAGUGUGGGGGAAACAUUUUAUAGUGAAGUCUGAUUGUCUGGGUGAGUGUAGUCCUGGGAAGGACUCUUGUUAGUAGUGGUGACUGUCAUUUCAACAACCUGAGUGAAAGUCAUCAUCAGAGUCUGGUGAAUAGUUGAUGUAAGUCACAUGUACUAAGUCCAGUUUGUGUAAACCAAUUGGUCAUUCUAGCUGUGAUGCAAUGGGCUGCAAGACUCAAGUGGCGUUAGUCAAUCGUGAUUGGUCUGUUUCAAUCUGUUGGCCCCUUUACCGAUGGAUCAGUAAAUCUGGUUACCAUGAUGUGCUACUUAUUUAUAUGUAUUAGUUCAGUAUUUUCCCUUAUACAGUGACGACAUCAUUUUUUUUGAAAAAGAGAAAUUCCUGUAUUUCAUCUGUAUCUGUAUAAUAAUACUUCUUAGCAUGUUGUGCACCAUUUUGUUCUGAACUAGAAGCCUUUGGAAAAGUGUGGACUUAUCACCCAAACUAUCAGUGACAUUAACUCAAUAGUACAAUUAAAUGUCAACAGAGUAUUUUAACUUAUCAGAAACAAACUAAUUUCUCUUCAUAAGGCUGGAAUUCUUCCACCUCAUCCUCGCAGCCUGGUUACAGCAGCAAGGAACCGUGAGGCUCUUGCCGUGGGAGCUCAAACCUUAGAUGCUUUGGACGAGGCAGAAAAAGAUGAAGAAGCUGAAGAUACUGAAAAAGGCACUGAGAGUUAA